AUGACAUCGUUUGAAAGGGAUCCUCCAGCUUCAAUUUCAAGAGGUGUUGCUCUCGCCGUCUUCGCCGUUGUGCAGCUGACCAUCGGUCAGCAAUACCAUUUGAUCAUCGAAAGAUUCACUCAACUCAACGUUGUUUUGGCAGCUGGGAGGGCUGAGCUACAAAGGAGGAGGGGCUAA